UCUGAACAACUCUGUUGGCUUUUUGUGCUUGUUGUUCACGGACAGCCAUAUUAGAGUGAGCUAGCAGCUGUUAAUGCUAAUUAUGGCGAAGUAGGCCUUAGGAGAUGUUAAGAAACUGAAACCACCGAAUUGGCUUUCUCAAGACGAUGUCACAGAUCAAUAAUAGUGUCUGUUUUCCGCAGAAUGCGGAGAGUGAUAUUGAAAGUGAUGUUACUCUUAACGUUAACCAAGACUCGGCAACUGUAGUAGAGGCCGAGACAGUAAUAAACACUCACAACACUAGUUCGCAGGUUGAAGGCAAUGAUGCCUUGAAGGACCUGCUGACUGAUGAGUAUUGCCACAUCUGUGAAGCUGUGCUGCUGUUCGAGUCCCAGAGGACCUCCCAUUAUGAGGGAAAGAAACAUGCACAGAAAGUCCGCCUGUACCUCCAGUCCAAGAAAGCUCAGGACCCUGAAAAAGAAACAACAGUCCUGCAGGCUGGAGCCUCGAUGGAUAAACAGAAGUUCUGUGAGCUGUGCAACAUGGUGUUCAGCUCAGCAGUGGUGGCCAAGUCUCACUAUGAGGGCAAGAUCCAUGCCAAGAACCUGCGUAGAUUCUGGCCUUUUGAUGCCAAGCAGAAAGUGGACGUCGCUGAGCCUGCCCCUCCCCAAGUCCCAGACAAGCCAGAGGAUGUAGAGGACGACCGGGCCACGCUGGGUUCAAAGGUCAGCCCUGGCACGGCCGCCGCCACCCAGGAGGUGGACUUGACCGACCCGGCCAGGCACUGUCGCCUGUGCGCCGCCUCCUUCAACAACCCGCAGAUGGCGCAGCAGCACUACAGCGGCCGCAAGCACCAUCGCAACCAGAGCCGCCAGCAGGUGCUGCAGCAGCUGGCCGAGGACGGAGACACAGCGAGAUCUCUAACAUGUCCCAUAUGCAGCCUAACCUUGAGCUCUGUGGAGAUGUACCAGGCACACAUGCAAGGCAACAAGCACCAGAUCAAAGAGAAGAAGGUAGUGGACUUGUGCAAGUCUCAGAAGAAAGUUUACGACUCCUACCAGGAUGAGCUGGCCGACUACAUCGCUGUCCAGAAGGCCCGGGGCCUGCAGCCUAAAGCUGGUGUAGCAGACAAAGAGAGAGAGCAGGAACCGAAUGUGGACGCAGAGAAGACUGUUCCUCCUUCUCCUCUUCCUCCUCCUCCCCCGUCUCUUCAUCCUCCCUCUCUCUUUUCUAUUCGUUUUCCCACACCUCCGCCGCGCUUGGCCCAGCCUCCUUUCCAGUCGCCGGCCAAUCGCUUUGCGGCGUGGGGCAGGGGCGCCCCGCGGGCUCCAUUCUGGGAGCAGGGCUACAACGGGCCCCGCCCGAACAUGCUGCCCUUGACCCGCCCCAAGGGUCCAACGGGGCGGCGACUGGCCAGAGGGAGGAGUCCCGAUUGGUCGAGUUCGUCCUCCUCCUGGUCCGAUUCCUCUUCCAGUAGUAGCAGCAGUAGCAGCAGCAGCAGCAGCAGCAGCAGCAGUGACUCAGACCACUCCAGAGAGAGGAGGCGAAAACGGCGAAGAAAAGACAAGGAGAGAGAAAGGAGAGACCGGGAGAAAGAGAGGAGAGGAAGGAGGAGGGGACCGGAAGAGGAGGAAAGAGGAGAGGGACAAGAGCGGGCUGAGAAACGAGCCCGGAGGAGAGAGAGAAAGGACGGAGAGGGGGAGAGAGAGGACGAUCUGGAGAGGAAGAGAAGCAGAAGGCCGAGGAAGAGAGAGAGGAGGCACAGAAAGGAGUUGUCUGACGAGGAGAGGGAGGCGAAGAGACGAAAGGGAGAGAGGCAACGGAAGAGACCUCACGAAGAAGAGGAGGAUGAGGAAGGAGCGAAAAGAAGACGAGAACCAAAGGAGGGACCGCCGGGGGGCGAGCGAGAGAGCGUGGCCGACGACACGAGCGGGAAAAUGGACGCAGAAGGACAGGAUGAAACAAAUGGACAAGGCGGCGUUGCGGCGGCAGAGAGCAUCUCGGCAGAGCGAACUGACCGCAGGGAGAAACACAAGACACACAGACACAAGAAGGAGAAGAAGAGGAAAGAACGCACUGAGGUGGUGGACACUAGGACAGAGGAGGAGAAACUGUGGGACGAGACUAUACUGGGGAUCUUCUGAAAGGUCAGGGGGUCACGGGCAGACACCAGACGGGUUGGACGGUCUGUCCCAUAUCACUACACAAGUGUCUAACACAGCUUGCUCUCUUCCGGGGAGUCCUUCUGUGUUAUGGGAAAGCUAUCCAGUCAAUGAUCGAAUGUGAAUGUCUACCAAAUAAUAUGAAUGAAGUGCAUGGAGAAUGGAUGGAUGGAUAGAUAGAUAGAUAGACAGACACUUGUUUAUUAAUUUGCAGUAUGUUUGCCCCACAACCCGAGGCUCAUUUAAUUGUCUUAAUAUGUUAAUUUAUUGUCUUUUCCCUCAAGAGAAACUAUUUUGUUUAGCCCUGUGGAAUGUCGACUGUUGGCUAUUCUAAGCAGUGCAAGAUCAUCCUGAAUUUUGUGUGACCUGAGAUUGUAAUAAUGUUUACAUUUUUGUUGCUUUAGACUAAUAUACACGCCAGAGCCUAGUCUGGCAUUUACACACAAGCAGUGGGAAUGUUCACACAGCCAGAAUCACUUAGGCAACCAGCCUCGAAAGGAACUUGGGUUUGUUGUGUCAGUGUAAUACUGAGCUCUACUCCCAGGGAGUACUGUUGAGCUGUUUAUGUAUUUGGCAGCAGACCAGCUCCAAUUCACCUAUUCCGGGAAAUACACAAAAGCUCUGUCAUAUUACCUUGACAGAGAAUUGACUCUGUAAUGACUGAAUUGUAUUUGAUUCCUCAUUUAUGAUACGCAAAUGAAUCCAGGAAAUGAAUCAGCUCCUUCGUGGUUGCAGUAUUUUUGGAUUCUACACACACUGUUCAGUCAUAAUUUACAAACAGAUGUUGAUCAAUGACAGAUGUAAAUCAAUAAAACAGUCAUGCUUAUUGUUAUACUUAA